AUGAAUUCAACUACUGAUGACAAAAAUAAUCUUACUGAAAACAAUGAAAAUCCUAUCAAUGGGUGUAGUUCACCAACCACUUCUUUAUCUCACAACUCUCUUGUCAAUUCAUCAUUCUCACCAUCGUCUUCAUGUGUUACAGAUUUAUGUGCUUGGUGUCAGAAACCAAAUCUUCAAACUUAUAAAUAUAAUUCAUUUUAUCAAUCUCUUAAUUUAGAUAAUACUAAAUAUAAAAUAAAACCUGUACCGGUUUGUUGUUCACAAAUAUGUUUUGAUAAUUUACGUCGUGCUUAUUUCAAAAAUCGUCGCAAUCAAUUAAACAGUCAAUUAUUAGAUGAAAUACCUGCUAUGGUAAUUUCUGGUCGAUUACCAUAUACAUCAGAUUCGGAUAAAGAAAAACUCGAUAAUAAAAGACAAUCAACUUUAUCCUAUCAAUCAAAUACUAGUUGCAACCCACCAGCUACUAUUACUAAUAUUACUAAUAAUAAUAAGUUAUCAUCAAAGAAACGAUUCCAUAAUCAAUAUUAUGAUCAACAGUAUCAUUCAUCAAAAGAUACUGUUCAUAAAUCUUCUGCAAAUAAUUCUCAAAGGUCAAAUUAUGAUUUCUUUUCACAUUUACAAAUGUAUUCACAAUUGAACAAUUACAUAAACAAAGAUAAUACUAAAAUGUCUAUUCCAUUAUAUGAUUAUAUUAUACAACGUUUUGAUAUGAAUCAAUUCAUAAAUAAUUCUAGAAAUAUCAUAAAUAAAGAUCAUAUUCCUAGUACAACUAUAACCAAUACAAGUACUACUAGUAAUAUCAAUACUAAUCAUGAUAUAAACAUGAAUCCUAAAACUAUUACUAAUCUAAAUAAUGAAACAAUCAAUUCAAAUCUGGAACCUAAUAAUCAAUUAAAUGAUCGUCAUAUAGAAAUCAUGAGUAUAAUAAACCAAUUAUCAAUGUCUUCAAGUAAUCAUAAUAAUAACAAUGAUCAUAAUCAUAUAAUUACUAAUAAUAAUAAUGAUAUAAAUAGUCUAAAUCAAUUAUUAAUUAUUCCAAUACCUAUACCAAUAUUCAAAAUGGCUCCAAAUAUAUUAGAUAUUUUACAUCAAUAUGGUUAUCAUUCAAUAAAUUCAUGUAAAUAUUAUUCUAAUAAACAAUUUAAUAUCGAUGAAGCAAAUCAAACAAUAAAUUUAAAUAAAUUUAUAAUGAAUAAUCAUAAUAAUAUAAGUAGUAUAAAUAAUUUAAUUGAAAAUAAUUAUAAACAAACAAAUGAAUUCAAUAAAACACAAUUUAUUGAUUAUUUAAAUAAAACUAAUGAAAAAGCAUUAGAUUUAAGUUUAUCAAAUAAAAGAGUAACUUCUUAUUUCAAUAAAAAUAAAUUAAAACAAAGAACAUUUUACCAUAAAUAUCAACAACAAAAUAAACGUUAUUUGAAUAAGAAAUUAUUAAAACAAACAUUAUUAUCUGGUAUAUAUAAAUUAAUUCAUCCUAUAACAAAACAUUGUUAUACAGUUAAAAUUAUACCUAUUAAAUGAUAGUCAUUAUAUAACAAUAAUAAAACUACUUUUUAAUUAUGAAUAUGUAGAUAAAUCGGAAGCAUUUCAAGUGAUCUAUUGUAUAUCUCUAUCAUUUCUUACUGGAGUUCGUUCCUGUCUUCUACAUAUAACUGAAGCCAUAGGAAUUCAUAUAUUUAACAUCCAUUUAUGUGUACAGAAGAAAUUCGUAACCCCCGCUUCUCUACCUAUUCUGUGGCCAGUCAUAACUUAACAAAUGACCCUUUAUUUUAUUUUUGUUAUCAUUAAACUUAUUUUCACAUGUAGUAUUUGUUUAUCAUUUUCUUCCUCUUUCCUUUAGUAUUCUUCACUAUCUAAUUAUUUACUCACUUCUUAUUAUGUAAUGGUUUUAAUGUUUUGUGAUGAUUAUUUUAAGUCUAUUUACCCACGUUUGACCUUCUAUUUCCAAUGUUUAACUAUUGAUAUGACUUUUGAUAUCAUAUUUUAUUUUAUUGUUCUUACUACUAUCAGUACACCUAUCUUCCUACUAUCAACUUGUACUUUUACCUAUUAUGUAUGGUGACUUACUCUAUUUCAUUGUGAUUAUUGAC